AUGAAAAUCGAAUGUGAAAUGACAAUUGACAAUGUUGAAAAGGAAUCGGGAAAAAGAAACUGUAAAGUUGUGUAUAACGAUCUACUGUCGUCAGCUGGUGAAUUGGGGCGAUAUCAAUGGCUGUUAUUUUUCUCUACAUGUCCGUUUUUCGCAUUCGGUGUAUGUGUUUAUUACUCACAGAUGUUUAUAACGGAAGUAUCUCCUAAUCAUUGGUGCUGGAUACCAGAGCUGGCAAACAUGACUGACAUUCAACGUAGAGAUCUCGGUGUACCUAAAGAUGCAAACGCUAGGUUUGGAUAUUUACACUGUGAGAUGUAUGCAGUUAAUUGGACUGAUGUGCUAGCAACAAAACAAAAGCCUGAUCAAAAUUGGUCUGUUAUACCAUGUAAAUAUGGAUGGGAAUUCAAUAAAUCUGAGAUACCAUAUCCUACUAUAGGAAGUGAUUUUGAAUGGGUUUGCAAAAAAAAAAAUAUCAGGCGACCGCUCAAGCUAUGUUCUUUGUUGGUUCCAUUUUAG